CCCUGCCUAAUUUUAAAUAUAACAAAACGGUUAUCGCAACUCUUUGAGGCUUGAUCAGGGGCUUGAUUCAAUAUUUAUUUUAACUGUUAUAUUUUCCCAGCCCAUGCAAUGAAGGAGACUGACGAAAUGUUUGACGAAAUAUGGACCUUCGUCGAGGAAAAAUUGAAGACUCCAGUUCCGCCUUAUUUCAAAUACAUUUUGAAAAGUUGCGGGUAUGAUAAUGGCUUAUCGAUUGCCACUAUCGACGAUGAUGACAUCCAACAUUUUGUUAAUGAAGUUAAAAAUGGAAAUGUAAGCAAGUACUUUGAAGCAUCGGGCGAAACAGACGUACUAGAAGGAUCAACCAAAAAUACCGACGAUUUUGAAUUUAGCCGUGGCCAUUUAAAAUUUCUAAAGGCAAUCGUCGUGUUUGUUAAGAAAUACGCAGAAGAUAACGGUCCUGAUUCGUUUACUGUUGCAAAUAAAAAGAAACCAACGAAAACUCAAAAGGCGCAAGUGGCAAAUGGUAGACAGAAGAAAAUGAAAUAUGUUCAUAGCAACAGUGACAUGCGUUCUGCUCAAGAAAUUCCAUCUGAAAUGGAAAAAGACAUUGAAAAACACAGGCAAAUUUUGUGCAAGAAGUUGGUCACAACCUUAAAAUCGCUCACGAAGAAGUUAUAUAACAUUAAUCGCGCGGACAUAGAAAAGAAGAUUCAAAACAACCAGUUGGUGUCGGUCGAAAUCAAACAGUCAGAACAACAAAAUUCAGAGAAUUCCACUCAAGGUUCCACUAAAUCAGAGAUUUCGUUUAAGUUUACUGCCUCCUCGUUUUGCCCUUAUUGCUCCAAGAAAGUCAACGUAUUCUGGGUAUCAAAUAUGAAGUGGAAUUCCUCAAACUUUGAUCGUCAUCUUAGUUUGGUUCAUCCCAAAACAUCCAGCGAUUCGGAAGAAGGAACUAGGGAAGUUACCACAGAUGAAAUUCCAGUAGCUGCGGUCAACACUGCAACAAAUGAUAAGCAACGCUACACAAUUGAAAUUGAGAAUACGACCGGUGAGACUCAAACGGAUCUGCUAUCCGAUGUAAUUGAAAUCGGUUUUAAUAAAACGGACAAACCGUUGGGCUUGAUAAACACGAGUAAUGAACCACGUAAAGCGACUGAACAGAAUCCCAGUAGUUCCAGUGCGAUUGAAACGAGUGUUAAGCGUGGUGUUAAGGCAUCCGGUACAAUUCAAGUCGCUACCAUGAAAACCGAUUUAACUGCGACGAAUGGUAAUCAAUGCUAUACAAUUGAAAUGGUGGAGGCGACAAGUGCGAUUGCUAAGACAUCAAGUGUAAUUGCAGCCUGUGCCUUCAAAACCAAUCCAAUUGUAGCGAGUGAUGCGAAUAAAAACAUAAAGAUUGACGAUCCAAUUGAUGAAAUAAUAACUGGCAGUAAACCGACCGAUAGUGAUGAAAUGGAAGUGAUAAGCCUUUCCGAUGAUGACGUAGAAGGUCCUGUAGAAGGUCCUUUUCAUUCAAAAAACAUUGUCGCCUAUUCGGACACGGAUUCGGAUUCUAGUGUACAAAAACAAGAAGAGGCAAAUGAUUUACCUAAAAAGUAUUCCGACAAACGUUCAGAAACGACACCAAUCACAACGUCAAGUCGUUUACCAAUACGACGUCAAUUUGCUACGAGCAAGACCGUCAAUAAAACCGAUUUGAAGAAGCGUGAGGAAAAUUGGAAAAAAUAUUUUUAGAUAAACGACCAUUUUCCGCAUAGUUCCCAAAUGUAUCAGGUUGAUCGUUUGAAAAUAAAAACACCCCUCGCAGUGCAAUUUAA